UUGCUGAAAAAUGACAGGAGUUUUGUCAUAGGUUACCAUUUGUUAAGUUUCAUAAAUCAUUCUGUCUACAGCUCGUGACGUUGACAUUUUUUUUAUAAAACUUUUGAAACAGCGUCAAAAUUGUGCUUUCUUUAAAUCACAUUUAGAAGAAAAGGUUACGUCAAAACUUGAUUCGUAACGGUUUUUGAAAAUCAUGAAGAUUGAGAAGCCAAAAUGCGAAGAACAUGUUCUUUUUUUAGCUUCUCAAUCCCACACCCAACGUGCUGUUGUUAAAGCUUUAAGUCAAUGCGUCAACGCUAACGAUUUACAAGAAGCUUUAGCUGGAAUAACGUUUUGGCCUUGGGAUCGGGGAGAUUUAUUGUGUUGGGCAACUGUUUUAAAUUUAUUUGAUGAUUAUUUAAUAACAUAUAUUGUUGAUCGUCAGCUUUGUAGUUCUUCACGUGUCAAUUCGUGUAAAGAAUUAUUAAAUCAGAGUGUCACUAUAACUGGGACAAUCAGUGACAAUUUAAUUAUAUUAAUUCUUGACGUCACUUAUUCAAUUUUAUUCAAUUCCAGUAGCAGAUCUGUUUAUAAUUCGUCUGGACUUUUAGUUUCAUUAUUGGAUUCAUUUAAUUUAGCUAUUGUAAUUGCGUCUCUUCGGUGUCUUUCCUUAGUUUACUCAGGGUCUCGAAAUAAAAGGCGCCCAGUAGAAGUUCUUUCUUCAAACGACCUUCUUUUAAAGUUGCCUUUUUUUUGUGCAAACCCCUUAGCAGAUCUAGAAAAACCUAAUUGUGAAAAAUCAAUUUGUCAUGAUUUAAAUAAAAAUAGUAAUGGUUUCCUAGCGAGUAAUAAAGCAUUAUCAGGUGGUAGUUCCGAGGGUUUAUCCAAUGCUUCCAGGUAUAAUCAUACCAGUACUUCUCCAUCUUUAGUCGCCUUGUCAUGUAAUGAAUUUUUGACAAGCUUUCGUAAUGAGACAGAGAAAGAAAAUGAUGAAACGACGUGUGAUAUGUCCUUUAAUACAAUAACUAAUUGUGAUAAGUUACCUGGAGAAUUUUUACGCUUGUAUUGUGGUCAAUUUAGUUUUGAUUCACAUUUCCUUAGUCAACAGUUUUUAUGUUUUGAAAAUGUUAAUAACAAAGCAACGUGGAAAGUGCCUAAAAUUGGAUAUGCGGAAUUAAUGGAAAAUUUGUCUCCAGCGGAUAUAGCGUGUAUGAGUUCAACUGAAUUCAUAAAACGCCAGUUUAAUGUUUACCAUCGACUUGUCGAAAAAUACUUUAGUUCUCAUAUUUUAGAAGAACAUCAAACAGAUGAGUGUCUAGAAGCUAUAGAAGCACACCUUCAGGAAAUAAGACAGAAAAUACGCCAUCUAUGGUGGUCAUCUACUCAAGCAGGAAGACGUCAAUUGGUAGAUGUUCGAUUAGUUGCGUUUAACGUCAUUAUAGCGGUGAAUCCUCAAUUUUUUUUAAAUUACCUUGGAACCUGCUCAACACUUUUGGCAGAUCUGACUUUUCUUUUAAGACAUCAUUGUUUAGUUAAAGCGGAUACAUUGUGUUAUGUCAUUGAUUUAUGGACAGCAAUUAUUCAAGAUGAUCUUCAGCGAAGAACGGCAACUUUCUUACUAGGUUUAUCCUCGCCUCAUGGUCUUUUUCCAACAUUAGUUCUUAAAUUUUUAAAAGCAUUUAUUAAAAAAGGAGAAACAAUACCACUCUGUUUGACUGAGGAUAAGUCUAAUGAAACAUUUCAAAAGGCGUCUAAUUAUGUUUUAUCAAACAAUGGUCGAAGUCAAUUAACAACUGGAGGUGUUAUUGAAAAAGGAAGCUGUGAUAAUUUACAUUCUACGCCAACUCGUUCUUCCGCUGAUUGUGUAAUCGAUUCUCAGAAUGACGGUAGUCUGUGGUUGCGUGCUCGUGGUCAACUUUUAGUUAACACGAGUAUUGAAUUUUUUCAAAAGUGGCCCUGUGACAGAAAAAAAGUUGUAUUUAAUUCUAUGAACAAAUCACAUGAACUAUUCUUAAACCUGGGUGAAUCACAAAAAGAAUUACUUGAAUUGCACUGUAAAAUAUUGGAACGAUUUAUGGAAUUGAUCCUUUCAGUUAAAAUAUCGUCCAUGUUUCCUAUUACAGCAGUUUCCCAUACGACUAUUUUAGAAUGUCUUUUACAAUUUGUUCAUGUUUUGGAUGCAUCUUUUCUUCCUGUCGUUAUCCGAAUAUGUCGUAUAUUUGAAACCAUGGUGGAAGUUGUUACUGCGGUCGAUGGUGUCAUGGAUAUUUUAGUAUCUGCUAGUAAUACAUUUCAAUCACGUCUACAAUAUGAAGUGGUUCAAUUGGCUUCAUUGCCAAUGAUUGACGCGGAUGACACUCAAAUGAGUGAGACGUCUUUGUCAGAUUUUUAUGCUCUUGCAUCCAAUGAUUUUAAGCAAAAACGGUGUCAUACAAUAACGGCUGGUUCAGCUUUACAAAGGUUAAAUAAUUUAAAGUCAAAUGAAGCUAUUACAAUUUUACAAAUAGUUCAAGAAAUCACACAGCGUCGCUCCUUAGUUUAUUUUAUUUUUCGGCAGUUAGAUGCAUAUGUUCAUGGAGCGAAUGUCGAUUUAACACGUCGCAUUUUUGAUUUAUAUUCAGGUCCUAGCUGUUUAGUCUCUCGUUUUAUAUUUCAAUACCCUUAUAAUUUUGGAUUAGCAGUCUAUGGUGUGGCAGUGACACUUUUAGGUGAUUAUUUAGCAGAAGAUCCUUCCAUUCAGCCUACUCUUAUAGAACGAGGAGUCAUACCGGAUUUUUUAAAUUCUGUUACAAAAGAUGUUUUACCGUCAGAAGAUGCUUUACAAGCUGUUUCAAUUUGUUUAACAUCGAUCUUACUACAUCAUUCAGGAGUAAUGGAACUUCAAAAGCUUAACUAUCAACCUCUUUCUAUUAUGAUUAAUGUUGUUAUAAGCGAAGAAAUUGUUGGUUUUGAUCGUGUUGGUGAAUUAAUGACCAUUAUGGGGAAUGGCUUGGGUGACGCAGCAAAAAAUCAAGAAACUAUUCAGGACCAUAUUAUUCAAGCAUUAUUAAAAAUGGUUCAAUCCAUUGCUAAGAUCGCAUGGGAUCUUCCAAAGUGGGUGCCUGUUUCAACACACAAAGCUGAACGGUUAAUGGAAGAAUCAAUGCGAUCAACGUUUAUAACCUUAAAAGAUCUUUGUUUACCAGAUAUACCUUCCAAUCGUUAUUUAUCUGAUCGCCUGGCUAAUAUGGCUCGUUUUUUACAAGCAGUAUUAAGUUCAUCAAAAUUGAUUUUAUUGUUUUUAAAAGAAAAAGGAGCUGAUUACAUAUUACAAAGUGCAACCGCUCCAUCGUUACCACCAUUAUUUUUAAAAGUUUUACCACAUCAUCCUUUGAAUGGACUCAUUCGUCUUCUUGCAACGAAUGGUAUAGAUUCUACUCGACAAUCCACUGACGAAAAUCUGUUUCCUGUUUUUGUACACCGCUUUAUUAAAAGACUUCCAAAUUCGUCACAACUUGUUUCACUUUUACCAAACGUUUCUUUUCUAUUAAAAAAUCUAUCCAAAGACCAUGAUUGUGUAACGCAAGAUAUUUUUGGUUCUCAUCUAAACGAUCUCACUUGUUUAUUGAAAUAUUUGUCCGAAUUGGAUAUGGCACUUUAUUUAUUAGUCGCCAUAAAUAAAGAUGCAUCUUCUUACACAAUGACGCUAUCUUCUGUGUGGAAAAGAGGACAGUAUCUUCCAUUUAUGAAGCUAGCUUGUCAUACAUUGGUCCAUUUAUAUAAAAUAUUUCCGCAAUUAGUUCAAUGUCUUUAUAGUUGUGUUCAACAUAUAUCCACGGAAACUCCUGUAAUUUUGUCCACGCGUCAUUCCGCUCAUGAGCAUCCAAAUGUUCGAGCCUCCCGAAAGUAUUUACCUCCUGGAACGCAACCUUUACAAGCAACAAAAUUUUUCUGGAGUUCUUUAGCAACAUAUGCCUACUCCGUUCGUAAUCCUGUUUUCGGAUCCACAAGUUUUAAUGAAGAUGUUUUUUUAAAUCAAACAAAUGUUACACCAACGUUACUUUUUGAAAUCAUUCGCAGUAUAUGUCACCAAUGUCGGCUCGUUAUGUCUCUUACGUCCCGGUUAAUUAAUAAAAGACCAACUGGUCGUAUUCGGGUUUACCAGUCGUCUCACUUAAGACUCGAAUGGCAUGCGGCUGCUAGUUAUUUGGCAUUGACAGGAUAUGAGUUUUUGAAAUGUAUCCCUGACGUUCCAUGGCCUAUGAACGAAACAACGAGGGUGUUAUCUAUAGGGCCAACAUUACAAAAUCAUUCAGCUUGUUUAUCGGCUCAUCGCAUAUCAUUUCCUGACUUUAACCCUUACCAGAGAGCUAGAUACAUUUCCGAAAUAAUGGAUUUGUUCUUCCGGCUUCACGUUAACGAACGUGAAGAAGGAUGUUUACUAACAUUAACAUUUGAUACAUUUUACAAAGGAGGAGGACUUUCGUUAGUUUUAAAAGGAUUUCAAUAUUGUCUUGGUUUACUUAUAGCUAUGAGUAUGAAAUCGGUAAAGGAUUCUUGUGGUAAAACAAACGAGGAAAUGCUACAUAUUUUUAAUAAAACUUUUCCUAUUCAAAAUCCUUUAUUUCUUUCGUGGAUCCAUUGUAUGAUGAAGGAAAUAGAUCUUUUACCAAAAGACUCAUUUAAAAGCACUUGUGACAUUGCUUCAAAAUGUCUUCAUUGUUGUAUUUCCUAUUGUGAGAAAAUCACAUCUUGGAAAAGAUUAUUCAAUUCGUUGAUGACAGAUUAUUUACAAAAAAUUUCAAGUCGAUCUAAUCAGUCGAAACAUAAAGAAAGCGCUACUGCAGAAAUAAAUGCUGCUUCAGUGGAAACUUUUGCUCAGGAAAAUCAAAUACAAAAUCACAGAUCUUAUGAAAUACCUGUUCUUAAUAGCAAUACAAGAUCUAUUGGUGUUGGAACCUCUUAUGUCAAGCUAAAUAAUCUUUUUACUACUUGCAGUGGUUUAUGUGGAAAUGAAGAAACAUUUGUUUUUGAUGCCAGUGUUCUUUUAAGAUCAAUACAGGGUAUGAUUACCCGCCAUAUGAUUGCAUGGAUGGAAUUUCUAUGUGUUACAAAUGAUUCGUAUACGAAAGAUCCUUCUUGUUAUUUAUUACAUGAAUCAAUCAUGUCACUUUUCUCAGCGAAAGCUAUAAAUUGUUUAAUUAAAAUAUUUUAUCAUUUUAUGGAUGCUGAAUCUCCUAAUCGAAAAAAAAAUGUUCCUUCAUCAAAAGAAUCUUCCACUCUUGCAACUCAAGAAAGAAUAGAGCCAAACCAUCAGGUUUCUAAUGAAACCGAAUCUUUUUUUUAUGAUACAUUAGAUCAGCUUGUUGAACGUCAAUUGUCCUCUACCUCUUCUCGCUUGAAUUUUGAACUUUCAAAUACAGACAAAUUAAGCGAAACUUUACUUGAAGAACCACGCGUGACAGAUAACCAAGAUAACGUGACAAUGUCGCCGCUUGAAAAAGUAAAUGCGUCAACUUCUACCGACUCUCUUUUAACAUUAAGUGACAUUUACAUUUAUAUGAAGAAUGCAUCUCAUGGUGUUGAUUGGUCGCAAAAAGAAGUCACAGAUUUAUUAGAUUAUACAAAAAAAAAUCUCGUUCCACUUCUUUUAGAUAUUGGAAAAAAUGUUGUAAACCAUUCAAUUGUUAUAACGGAAGUCUUAAUGAAAUUAGUUUCUUUACCUUUAUCUUUACAUUCUUCAUCUAAUACAACGGAAGGUGAUGCAUUAUGUGUUGAUUCAAACUCUUUUCAAAAACAUUUGUCCACCCUUAAACAAUCUCAAAUCAAUGGAUAUUUUAUAACAUAUUGCCUUUUGGAUCGACUAAACAAUGUUUAUGAGAUUAUCGCUUCUUUAGAUGAGAAAGCUCAAUUCUAUUUUUUUGAAAAAGCGUACAUUGCUUCUUCAAUAAAUAAAGAAGAAAAUGAAACGUCCACAACUUCUGUUAGCCACACGACUCCUAAUAUCAAGUAUUUUCAUGAUGAAAAGGAAUUUUCAGUUGAAUUGCAUGAGGAACUGUCCAUGAUUCAUCAAGUAGUGAAUGAAAAGUGGGAUGACGUUUUAUACACCGGAAUGAAACGACUUCAUAAGUCUUUGUAUAAUGACAUGUACAUCCUUGUCAAUCUUCUUCAUAGAUCGGCUAUCGUUCGACAAGCUUUUGCUGCUAAAGAACAUAUAGCUGCGAUCUUUUUUUUAAAAUUUUUAAAGCCAAUGAUCCGUUACCGUAAAAAGCUUUAUGCAACAAACUUUAACAGGUUUAUGGAUUCUUCUAGUUUUUAUGCAAAAGUAACACAGUUUGGAGCAGAUGUUUCGGAAGGCUCCCCUUGGUUGCAUGUACCCGUUCCAAAAUGGUGUUUGAAGGCUUGUAAACCAUAUUUACAAACCAAUAGUCUAGCGGAAAAAGCAGUUGAGAGUCAAUUAGCGUCUCGUUUCAAAGACAAUCCAUAUUCCGUUCAAUGUCAAAAGGAACUUCCAAGUGCCAUUUAUGAAAAAACAGCGGAUUUUCCAAAAGGAUCCGAACCACCUGAUUGGUUUAAUUGCUGUUUUUUAGGCAUAGAAAUGACUUUAGUUUUGUACGAGUUGAGUCCGAGUGACUCAUUUGCCAAGAAGGAUUUGCAUGAUGCGAAUAACAUAGUCAAAUUAAUUUCUAUAAGAACCCAGCAUGAACUCAUUGAUUACUGUCUAGAUGUUAUUUAUUUUUUUCCUAGUUUGAAAGGAUCUCUUGCCACCGUCUUGUUCAAUUUGUUACUGCAUUUAACAUCUCGAAUAAUCAACGCAACGCAUUUUCUUGACUAUAAACCGUUUGAAAAUAUUACUUUACCCGGUGGAGGGUUAAGUGUGUUAUUACAACUUCCUAGGACUGCGCAUUUCACUGGGAUUCUACGUUUGACAUCUAUUAUUCUAUUCAAUUUAUGCGAAAACCCUCUUACUUUUAAAACACGUUUUAAACAUGAACUGGCGCAAUAUUUUUUAACACAGGGUCAAAACAAAAAAUUUCAUACAUCUUCUGUCAAUAGUACAGUUUCUGGAACCUCUCCCUCUUCCAAUGCAUUAUCAGUAACGUCUUUUCAUGAAAACAACAGUUCUCAAAAGAAGAAUGACGAUCCAAAACCUGCUCAAAAAGGUUUUGUAGAAGAACGUGUAGUUCCUUUACAUAUGUUGCUUGUAAACCUAUAUAUUUAUUUACGACGAGAUUUCGAUAUGUUUAAAAGUGUUAUUAUGGAAAAUUGUAUUUUGUAUAAUGAAUGUAAAACAAUCAGUGAACAAGGAAGCAGUCAAUUUCAAAAUCAAAACAAGGUGCCUUUAAAAGAUACUGUUGAUUAUCAACAGGUCAAAAUGAAUACUAAUGAUACCGUUUCCUCAAAUGUGUUAAAUAUAAAUUUUGAUAACUCACAUUCAAUUUAUGUGACUUACAAACCUGAGUCAUCCAACCCUCAUGAUACAGAUCUCACGCAACAUAUCCACCAAAGAGGUACACAAGUUAUUACCACGCUUUUAAAUUAUUUAGAUCUUUAUACAAUUAUUCAAGCACAUUCACGAGUCACACCUUCCUUUUCGGAUAUAUUAGAUGAAGGAUCACAUGAAACAAAAUGUUUUUCUGGAAAGAGCAUCCAAAAUAUUUCAAUGUAUCCUUUUUCUUUUUUGCCAGAUUCUUUGUUAUUUUUCUUAGAUGAACUUUUAGCCACUACACCGCAGUAUGCUUUUUUUUUUCUUGAAAAGGGUUCUAAUUUAAAAAAAUUGAUGCAUGAAGACAAGACUUCAGGGUUUCUGUGGCCCGAUGAAACUAUUGAAUUAAAUAGAUUUUCCAAUAAGCCUUGGAAAUUUUUAGAUUGUGAGAACCGACCAUCCGAUUGGUCGUUAAUGACAUGGCUUCUUCGAAAUAUGUUACCGAAAUUAAUUACUUUAGCAUGUCCCGGAUGUUGUUCGGGUACUGAAUGGAAGGAAGGGGAAACAAAUGUUACGUUAAUUUGGGGAAACGCAAAUGAUAUUGCCGAUUUAAACGCUAUGGCUUCGUGUACAUUAAAAGAAGGGUCACAUCCACCGGUCUACACAUUAUUACAUUUUUGUACAAGGGUGUUGCGACGUCUUUUCUCAUUACAUUCAGAAAUAGCUCAACAAAGUCUUUUGGAACUAGUAAAGGCAUUUUAUGAAUUGGAAAAUUGUUAUGGUGUAUCAUUUGACGACAAAAAAAAUUUCGGCUUUCAAUUUUCAAUUUUUUCACACGUCUUCCAUCCAGCGUAUCAAGCAAGUUCUCCUAAAAAGCUUCCUCGGUGUUUACUCUCUUUAGGAAUCUGUAGUAUAUCUUCAACACUUCUUCUACUUUUUCAGUUAUGUGUUACUUCUCAGUCUGUAAUGAGAGCUAAUGAAAUUUUUGAAAAGCAUAACUUUUUUUCUGCGUUUUCUUUAAAAAAUUUAAAAAACGCAUGUGAGAACGUUAAGGGUAUAGUCCCUGGUAAUUGCUUGGCUACUCCUACCAUUCAAGACAUUUUAGCUCUUCGAAAUUCUGUUAUUCGUUACUUGUGCUGUAUAGAUUUAUGCUCAAAUGAAGCUCAACCUUUAUGCUGGUCUUUAGUUCGCCUGCUAGAAUGUUUAACGCGUGAUCCUGUAUUUCUUCUCGUUUUACUUGGCGUUAAAGCGUCAUCUCUUUUUUCCACUAGAUCUUUACAAGAAAACUCUAAUGAAAUAACGUCUCAAUUGCUCUCUGAUACAAUAAAUGAAAAACCAUGUUCUUUGGCUUCUUCUAAGCCUUUAAUAGGAAAUUUAAAAAAAAACUCUUUGAAUCGUGCAGAUGAUUCUUCCUUCUCUUUACAGCAUCCGCCGUAUUUGAAUGCUAUCACACAUCCUAUACAAAGUAGAACACAUGGUGAUGUUUUGGAACAUAUUCAUACAGAUUUAUGUGAUGGAGAAUUUCCCAUUAAUAUACAGAACUGUCCAGUUACUUUGACAGAAGAAGAAGCUUCAAGUCGUCAAUCAGAUAACGAGGAUUUAGACGAAUCUGUAGACGAUGAAGACAAUUCAUCGGAUUCGGAUGAAGAUAUUAUUAUGGAGGAUCAAGAGGAGGUGAUACCCUUGUCAUUACCUCAUGAAGCAAAUGAACAAGAAGAAUCCGAAGCCCACUUUGGUUUGACUUUACCGCGUCGUGGAACUUCUGAUUCCGAUUCCGAAAAUCCAGAUUUCGACGAAGAAGAAGAUGUUCCACGCAUUCGUGAUGAUGAGAAUCCACGGUGA